AUGCCGAAAGCAAAGCAAAAGCGCACAAAGGCCGUCGACAACAAUGCCUCUCCCUAUGCCCGCCCAACUUCCGCAAAAGCCUCAGCUGCGCACUCAAUCUUCAAGAUGGACAAAGAUCUUGGUCAACAUAUCCUCAAGAACCCUGGUGUCGCAACCGCCAUCGUCCAGAAAGCACACUUGAAGCAAAGCGACCAUGUCCUCGAGGUCGGUCCCGGAACAGGCAACCUGACAGUCCUCAUCCUCAAAGCCGCCAAACAAGUAACAGCCGUGGAAAUGGACCCCCGAAUGGCCGCCGAGCUCACCAAGCGUGUACAAGGCAGUCCCGAGGAAAAGCGUCUCACAAUCCGCUUGGGCGAUGUAAUAAAAGCCGAGCUACCACGUUUUGACGUCUGCAUAAGCAAUACGCCCUAUCAAAUCUCUUCGCCCUUGGUUUUCAAGCUCCUAGCUCUGCAGCAUCCACCCCGCUGCUGCAUACUCAUGUUCCAGCGCGAAUUCGCCAUGCGCCUCUUCGCGCGGCCCGGCGAAAAGCUCUACUCUAGACUCUCCGUAAACGUCCAGAUGUGGAGCAAAGUCAGCCACGUAAUGAAAGUCGGACGCAACAACUUCAACCCCCCGCCACAGGUAGAGAGCAACGUCGUGCGCAUCGAGCCCAAGAACCCACGACCACAGAUUGCAUACGAAGAGUGGGACGGUCUGCUACGCAUCUGCUUCGUGCGCAAGAACAGGACGCUGAGGGCGAGUUUCCUGGGUACGGCUGCGGUUUUGGAGUUGCUGAGCAGUAACUAUCGUCUCUGGUGUGCUCAGAACGAUAUCGAGAUUGAUGAUACGCCUAUGGAUCCUUCCGAGGUCACCGAGGAUAACGAGGAGACGAUGGACGUCGACGAUGAGUUCAAGGGAUUCUCUGACCCAGAUGACCCGGAUGAUGAACUCCCAGACUUCUUCAAGCAGCUCCAGGCGGAGAGCAAGAAGAGGCAAAAUGGUGUGAAUAGGAAGAAGAAGGGGAGGUUGAGUGAGUUGGUCAGGGAGAAGGUGAGGAAGGUGCUCGAGGAUGAGACGCAAUUGGCGGAUAAGCGUGCGAGGUUGUGUGAUGAGGGCGACUUUUUGAAGCUGUUGUAUGCGUUCAAUCAGGAAGGCAUCCAUUUUAGCUAG